GCGGUGGCUCAGUCGGUCCCAAAGCCUGGUAGACGGCGGACGUGUGGUCGGGACGAACGCUCACACAUCCUCACACACCCACGCCGACACUUUACAUGCCAGUGUCUUCAACGAACUCCAAGUUUAGUGUCUGAGGCCGACCACUGUAUCGUCUUAGAAUAUACACUGGUUUUUGUCAGCGGGUGCAUAUAAGAAAAUUUGUGACUGUUGAGAGUGGACGUCAAUGAUGUCCUUAGAAUAACAGUGUGCGAUUAACGACCGAUUUCGCCCAAGUGUUGAGUCCCGAUGCCAAGACUCGAAAUGAAGCUUCUUCGCGCCGUCGUGAUGGCGGCGCUGGUGGCGGCGGGAGCAACGAUGUCCGCGUCGGAGGGCGGCGAGGCGAGCGAUUCCUGGGAGCCUGAGCUGCUGCUGGAAACAGCCACCACAGUCUGGCCCGAGCGCGGCUGCCACUACGAUGGCGCCUGGUUCGCCCCCGGGGAGCUGGUCCCUUCGGAGGAGCCUUGCCUCAACUGCUCAUGCUUGGACGAGACGCUCGUGUGCCACUUGAGGGUGUGCGCCCAUGUGCCCGACCCCGUGCCCCAAGGCUGUUACGUCGUCAGGAAAACGAGCGAGUGCUGCGGCCAGGUGGUCUGUGAGAAGGACCUCGAGAGCAACAGAUUGCUCCGGAAGGACACCGCUUUGGAGGACGCAGCGGGAGGCGGCGAGGCGGCGCAGGAUGCCUGGUGGCAACGGGACGAGGCGGCAGAGGACGCCAUAGCGGGAACGCGACGUCGGGGAGGCGCCGUCGUCAACGGCACCGUCAAGGAGGAUGCUGGCGCGACGACGACCACCACUGAAAAGACGACUCUGGAGUGCGUGGUGGACGGCCGCAGGUACGGCGCAGGGGCACGAGUGGAAACCGCCAGCGGGCCCUGCGAGUCCUGCUUCUGCGUGGGCGGCGGAGUGCGUUGCGUCACGACGACCUGCGCGCCGCCACUGGACGGCUGCGCGCCCGUCAUGGAGCCCGGUCGCUGCUGUCCCGUCAAGUAUGACUGCGACGGUGACACAAGCAAAAAUCAGCUUCUGCAGCUCCUCAAGGCGAAGGCAAUGGGCAGCGACCGGAGGCCCGAGGAGUGGCACACCAACAUGGCCCGCAGGAGUACCUCUGGAGACGGCGUCAUCGUGGACACCAGUGAUCCCCAGUUGUUAGCCUUCCUGCUAGAUGGUGAUGGAGAGCAAGAUUUUGCCAGUGUAACCGAGGCAGCCCCCGAUUCCGUAACGGAACCCGAGGAACCUCUUCCGUCCGAGGAAUCUGAGGGAAAGUUGCCUCCUAGUAGAAAGUUACGCCCCAAUAAGCGCCCUCUGUCGAGGUUUGUGUCACGCCCGUCGCCCGAGGAGAUCUCCAAGCGCCGGGCUCAGUCUCGGUACCGAGUGGACCGCCCGCCCACCCGCAUCUCCCGCCCCUCGAACCCCAACGCUUCCCGCCCCCUUCGCCCUACCCGGCCCUCCCGCCGCGGCAGCCAGAGCCUCAUCUACCGCUUCCGCCAACGCGCCAGGCCAGGCAUCGAGCAAGACCGCAACGCCACAGGACAUAGCAAUACCUCAGCUCCCAUAUCUACCUCACAUACCCCCUUCCUGGCUGCUGUUACCUCGCCCGUCCCUCCCAUCACGAACGCCCCAGCACCUGACGGCGAUGCGGACGAGGAGGAAGGUGUUACAUCUUUCCAAGACUUAGAGGCUUUACUCAGUUCUACCUCCACCACUGCGACCCCCCCAACCACCCCUGCUGAAUCCAACCCGUCCACUUCCAAGCCCUCCACUACUCUUGCCAUACCCUCCACCCUGGCCCCCGAGGUCGCCGCCGCUUCGACCCCAGCCGCCUCUAGGGGGACCCAAGUCAAAACUGGACCGGAGGUCUCUGGAGUCAGUGGCAGCGGCGGAGUGUUCUGGAUAAAGGAUGUACGGGGAGGAACUUCUGUUGCCUCGCCAAGACCUUCUCCGGACAUCAGUACGAGAGAGCCCGUGAAAGUCGGUACAGGCAUGAAUGUCAAAGGAAGCCUUAAGAAUGCUGUUAAGUUUGGACCUAUCUACAUUCUGGAUAACAGGGUACGAACUGACCGCCAGCACAGGGCUGAAAAUGCUACAGAAACAGAAUCAACUCUUGAGGUGGAAGAAUUGACUGUAACAGAUAUUCCUGAGGAGGAGACGACUAUCCUGAUCAAGGAAACAACGCUGUCUACUAAGGACACUGUUGUGGAGAAUGAAAAUGAGGUAGCUCGGGAAGAAACCACUCCAAAUACAGAUAAAAUUGUUGAUGCUGACGCACUGGCGAGCGAAAUAACCACUUCACUGCCUGUCCUUUUACCCCAAGAAACGACUAUUAAACCGGUGAAUGAAGAGACACCUUCCACAACCACAGUUCCAUCUGAACCCACAGCUGAAGAGGGAGCUUCAUCCUCCACGGUUGCAACCACACAAGAUGAAGCCUCCGUCACUGAUGAAUUCAGCACCUACACAGACAUCGAAUACAUUGAUCCAGAUGCAGACUUCCCUUCAUAUGAUAUAACAGUAGGGACCUCUGUGUUGGCUUCCCCUCCUUCUGGACCUGAGCCCGUAGGAGUGGGCGAAGUUAUUCCCGUGGAAUUAGAUCCGCAGCACAAGGCGCCUGCAGACUCACUGGACCUGGAACCCGAACACAAAUCCCCCGAGGAGUUAAAACCAGAGCACAAAGACACAGAAGAAAGCGAGCCUUCCACCGAAUCCCCGCAAGCUUCCUUUAUAGGUACACUCUUGAACUACUUUACACGGCCUGAACGACCUGAGCGGCCAAGACCAAUCAGACCACCACGGCCACCUUUCAGCUCUCGUCCAGGACCAGACAGCAGGCCGCGUCCUGGUCUAGGAGGUAGACCACUGCGACCAGGACUAGAGGGAAGACCACGACCAGAAUUUAGACCACGUCCCGGGCUAAACGGCAGGCCACGGCCAGGCCUAGACUUCAGACCGCGCCCUGGAAUAGAUACUGUACCUCCACCUGAAUUGGAACCCGCACGACCCUCUGAUGUUGAAGACAGCCCAACUCCAGAGAUAGAAGAAGGAACACAUCCAGCACUGGAAGACAGGCCAGUUCUAGAUGCAGAGACCAUGCCAGAUGAAGAAGCUGGUGCCCAGACAAAUGCGGAAGAACAGGCAAAUCAUAAAUUAGAUGUACGCCCAGAGCUGGAAGAAAGGCCACGUCCAAACCUGGGAAGCAGACCUCGUCCUGGCUUAGUAAACAGACCCCGCCCAGGAGGAAAUUUCAUUCCACCCAGAUUCCGCUUCACUCCCGCGACGACGGCAGAGGAGGAGCCUGCGACAGACCCUUCCGUCACCAUACCAACUUCCCCUGAGCCUCAACCCUCAACCACCAGUGCCCCUCACUUCACGCUCCCGUCCAUCCUCCCGAAGCCCAUCCACAGCCCGCCCGCCCUGGUGCCCAUCCGCCCUGACUUCAUCCCGACCCGGACGGAGGACGCUCCCGUGCGCCCCAUCGGCCCAUUCACUCGGCCAGCCAUCCAGGCGGGAGGGUCGGCCGACCUGCCGUCCGAGCCAAUCAUGGAAGGAGGCUUCCAGGGAAUUAGGGACGAGGGCGAAGGCAUCAACCCUGCGUUUGACUACAUCGAGUAUGACUCGGACGGAGAACCGACGCUGCCCCCAUCACUGCCAAACCUGAAGAUCAUUCCGUUUGUGGCAGCUGAUGCUCUCACCAAUCAAGAGGCUAGCUUCAGCGGAGAGGACUUCCGCUCGACGCCUCGGCCGUUCGUCGCAGCGUCUGCAGGCGAGGGCGCGAGCUCGGGCGACGACGGCCUGGCCGAUACGACGGAGGAGGCCGCCACGAGCACCACGACGCGCCGCCCACUGAUCCGCCCCGCCGACCGCCGGCCGCCCGUCCUGCCGCCCCGCAGGCAGUUCCGCCCAUCCCCAGACGACUCAACGACGCGCCGCCCCUUCCUUCCCUUCCGGCGCCCCAGCAACCGCACAACGCGCAAGCCUUUCGGCCGCCCUUCCUUCACGUCCACCCCGGAGCCCGAGGCCUCCGAGGGCGCCCCCACUGAGGACUCGGAGCCGCGCCUGCCCUUCGUCAACCGAGAUCGUCCGUUUGCUCGCCCAGCAUUUAUUCCCCCUCGCCGCCCCUCCACCUCGACGACCACGACAGAAGCCACCGAAGCGCCGACGGACCCCCCCACCACACGACCCACAGCUGCUCCUUUUUCCAUCCCUGAACUGCUGCCGAUCCUGCUAACGACUCGGCCGCAGCCAAUCGAAAUCGCUACAACGACUCCCACGACAACUUCCCGGCCGAUUCAGUCCGACGAUAUCGCCAACUUGCUCCUCCAGGAUGCCUUCGAGCUACCCGAGGGCCAAAGCUCGCCCCCGGUGAGAUUCACGCCUGCACGAGCCACCCCCAAGCCCAUCGUGCCGGUGAAGCUGUCGACGGCGCUGCCUGAAAUCCCCUCGGCCGUGCGGGACCAGUUCCCUCUCGCCAUCGACCCUGUCCUCGCGUCCGGUCUCCUGAAGCUCUCCGCAUGCGACAUCUUAGGCAGAAUGUACAAAGUUGGUGAAAAAAUUUCAGAACUCUCAGCCGUGUGCAAGGAAUGCCAGUGUACUCCAGUUGGGGUGCAGUGCCUCCCCGUGUGCUAGAGAGACCUGUGUUACUUAGGUGCUCACGUUCCGGACCAAACUGAGGGUGGCACUGGAGGGCCACCUCCUGCUGAUGCCCCCACACUUUGUAGAUAACUGAAUGAGGUAGAUUUAGGCGGACGACAAAGAUCCAAUGUACAGUGUAUUCUCUGGGGGUGACGAGUCUGGGUUUUUGCACGUGAUAUGUUUAUAGGAUUUUCUUGUAAGGCGUUGCAUGCAGGUUGUCUUCAUCGUGUUUAUAGCCUGCCUUUAAUCAUACAGCAUGAAAAAAGUGGAUGUGUUAGUUGUAACCAUAUAAAACAUGCGAAUUACACUACAUUUGCAUCCACAUAACUAAUAGGAAAAUGUAAAGUGUCUACGCGAUGGAAACCUCACUACCCUGUUUUUGAAGAACAAGCUGAAGCCGGAUAUUGCAUAGGGCAUUACAGCUCCUCCGCUCGGCAGACUCCAGGGCUGCCACUCGCCCUCGACGUCUGCCUGGACUGCCAAGAAUAUCCCUCGCCUCUUCGUCGCCGCGAAGUGCGCCGCUGCCUGUCUGUGACUGCCUCGAAGACUUCGAAAUUCAUGUGCAAAAUCACAGAAAAAAAUCGUAUACAAAU